AUGGAGGUCCCAGAGUUCAGCAUCCUUACGCCUAACGCCAUGCUUGGCUAUGGCUACAAUGUCGAGCAUUUCUGGUAUGGCAUACAAAAGUUCAAGCCUGCAGCGAUCAUCGUCGACAGUGGGUCAACAGAUGGGGGCCCUUACAAGCUCGGAAUGAAUAAGAUGACCUGUGGACGGGGCUCUUAUAUUCGUGACCUCGAGCCUAUCCUGACAGCCUGCUUCCAUCAUAAGAUCAAGGUCUUGAUUGGAUCAGUAGGUGGAGAUGGCAGCAACAAACAUGUCCAGGAAAUGUUCGACAUUGUUUCCUCAGUAUCAGAACGUCUCGGAUUCAGCUUCAAGGUCGCCACUAUCAACGCUGGUAUGGACCGAAACUUGAUUAAAUCCAGAAUCCAAAAUCACAAAGUCAGUCCAUGUGGACCUGUGGAGGAGCUAGUUCCAGACGUUGUUGAUGGUGCUGUUGAUAUCGUUGCACAGGUGGGUGCUGAGCCAUUCCUUGAAGCCUUGAAAGGCAACCCAGACAUCGUUCUUGGUGGAAGAUGCUACGACCCUGCACCUUUUGCUGCGUUUUGUCUGUCAAAAGGCAUAUCUAAUGGCGUUGCUUGGCACAUGGGCAAGAUCAUGGAGUGCGGUGGCAUCUGCGCCAUUCCUAAGGGUCGCUCUAUGAUUGCCACCAUGCGCUACGAUUCUUUCGACUUGACUCCAUUAGCACCCGAGGAGAGAUGCACGCCUCUUUCUGUUGCAGCACAUACCUUGUACGAAAAGACACGACCAGACCGUCUACCUGGCCCAGGUGGUGUUCUCAGCCUUGACAAUGCAAAGUAUGAGCAGAUAACUGACAAGACAACACGUGUAUCUGGUGCUCAAUUCUUGGAGACACCAUACCAGGUGAAGCUCGAGGGCGUUACCUUCCUGGGAUAUCGAACUAUCUUUAUUGGCGGUAUCAGAGAUCCAAUUCUUAUCAGCCAGAUCGAUGAUUUCCUUGAGCGUGUGCGAAAGUACACCCAAAACUUAUUUCCCGAGUUAGAUCAGUCAGACAGCUGCCGCCUCAUCUAUCACGUCUAUGGCAAGAACGGUGUCAUGGGCCCAUUGGAGACACAGGCUGUUAGCAGCCCUCACGAGAUCGCUGUUCUAGGCGAAGUCGUUGCUCCUACGCAGGACAUGGCUUAUACCAUUGCCAACAAUGCACGAGCUUCUAUCCUCCACUUCUCAUACCCUGGCCAGAUUGCCACAACCGGUAAUUUUGCUAGCCCAUUGUCACCUCAUGAGCAAGAUGCCGGUGCUGUUUUCAAGUUCAGCGUGUACCACCUUGUCGACCUUGAAGCUGGCGAGUCGUCUUCACUCUUUCCCGUUACAUUCAGGGAUAUCAACUCCACUGCCAGUCCAGCACCCGUGGCUUCAGUUUCUCGAGAGCGCCUAGAGGCUCUGGAGAACGGUUCUCUUGCACCAAUCGAGAAGAAGCAAGUUCCGUCCAGAAAAGCAAAGAUGCAAGAGCUCGCUCGUAUCAUCCGUUCCAAGAACUCAGGCCCAUUCGAGAUGACGUUCGAUAUCAUGUUCGACGAUGAGGCUGUCUACAGGAGAGUCAGGGAUGCCAAUGUCCUCACCAACGAUGUGAUCCAGUCUCUGUACCACGUGGAAAACAGCGAGAUCUUGACCAACAUGUUUUUUGAACCUGCUCUUGCCUGGAAGUGCACCAUCAAGAGACCUUGGGCUCAAGGCAGUGUCGGCGAGAGAGAUACUCUGGGAACACAACAACACGCGCUGCUUUUGGGAAUCGAGGUCCCUGAGGCCAGCACAACAGAGGCUGCCACCAAUGGUACUCACAGUGACGCGGCUCACGUGAAUGGUGUCAAUGGUGUAGACAGUGUCAGGGAGGUCAACGGUACCAAUGGUCUGACGCAUGUCCCCCAACCAGACCUGAACGGACAUUCUGCAUCAACUGCCAAUUCUAGCUUCGAUCGAUCCAGCUUCCUCUCUCGCGAUGUCGUAAACGAGAUCUGGAAUGGUCUUUCGCUCCCCUCAAACGCCCUGAAGUCCCUGAAACUUCCUGGUGAUGAUGGCAAGCCAGCUCUCCCUUCCUCCUACAAGAUUGGAACUCUGGCACAAGGCACCAUUGCUCUGUCUGGGCUCCUGGCGGCUCUCAUCCAUUCUCUGCGAAACCAAGGUCCUGUGCCAAAGGUAACCGUGCCUCAAAAGCACUCUGUCAUUGAAUUCAAGUCUGAACGGCUUUACAUGCUCAACGGAGAGCCUGCUCCUUCUCCCUGGGGACCCAUUGGAGGUCUACACAAGACCUCAGAUGGACACGUCCGUAUCCAUGACUCGUUUCCUAACCAUGGAUAUGGAGCUCUGGAGCUAUUGGGUCUUCCAGUGACUGCAAGCCGCAUCGAUGUGACCAAGAAGACACAAGACUGGGCGAGCAUCGAUCUCGAGUCUGUCGGUUUAGAGCAUCGCUUGGCGAUUUAUGCUCUGCGCUCAUAUCGCCAAUGGGACAUGUUGCCUCAAUCUAAGGCAAUUGACGAUUUCCCCAUUUCUCUAACGAGAAUUGCUUCAGGCCCAGCUGGACUAUCUCCUCAUCUUACACCAGGCAACGACAAGUGUCUUCGAGGUCUGCGAGUCGUUGAGAUGAGCCGAGUCAUCGCUGCACCCUUGGCCGGCAAGACCUUGGCUGCCCAUGGCGCUGAUGUCAUCUGGAUAACAUGUCCUGGACUCCCUGAUCUGCCUACUAUGGACCGCGAUCUUGGCCGAGGGAAGCGCACUGUUCACAUAGACGUCAACAACGUUGAGGAUCGUCAAAAGUUGAGAGAGCUUAUCAAGUCGUGUGAUGUAUUUAUCCAAGGCUUCCGUCCUGGCAGUCUUGCCGCCAAGGGAUUCGGUCCGGAGGAGAUUGUAGGUCUUAACCCAGGCAUCGUCUAUGGUUGUAUGUCUGCGUUCGGUCCCAAGGGACCUUGGUCUGAGAGACGCGGUUAUGAUUCUCUUAUCCAGACAUGCUCGGGUAUGAACAUUUCAGAGGCUGAGCAUUACGGCGCCGGCGAAGUGGCUCGCCCGACACCGUGUCAAGCAUUGGACCACGCCGGUGGUUAUUUACUGGCUUCUGGUAUUAUGGCAGCUUUGUAUCGACGAUCCGUUCAAGGAGGGUCGUAUCGCGUUGACGUGUCACUGGCUGGUACCAUGAAAUAUCUCCGCAGCAUGGGUCAAUAUCCCGGCAAGUCCGGGUUCGGGGUUGGCGAUUACGAGAAGCCUUCUGAUAUGAAGGAGUAUUUGGAAACCCGUCAAACGGGAUUUGGCGAAUUGAGGGCCGUUCGGCACAGUGUAAGUGUGGAUGGUGCUGAGCCUUCUUGGGAUGUGAUGCCAAACCCGCUGGGAAGCGACGAAGCUCGAUGGCUGUAA